AUGGGAGACCACACAAUCCAAUCCGUCGCCGUUGUUGGCGCGGGAAUUUCCGGAGUCGUCAGCGCUGCUCACCUACUCGCAUCUGGGAAGAAUGUAACUAUAUUCGAAAGAAACCAAGCAGCCGGUGGUGUCUGGCUCUACGAUAAGCGAGUACCAAUUGAAGCUCGUUACCCAUCCUUGAAGCCUUCAGGGGAACAAGUUUAUGUCCAAGAUAACCGAGAGGGAAAGGAAAGACAGUCUUUAUUGCAUGCUCCGCCAGGGUUCUACGAUGCUGAUUGCUUUAGGCCAUGCUAUGAGAGUUUGACGAAUAAUGUCUCAACCCCAUUGCUGCGUACGAAGAUUAAUUCUUGGCCUGAAGGGACAUUGGACUAUGUGAAACAUAGUGCCCUUAAAAAUUACAUCCAAGAUACUUCCAAGAAAUCCGGUGCCCAUGAUUUAACAAUUUAUGGUGCUUUGGUCACAAACAUACAUAAGGAAGGCCCUAAGUGGCACAUUUCCUGGAGCUCACUCAGUGAUGACAUCGAAACAAAUAGCCUCGUCGAAAACAACCAUGUUCAAACCUUCGAUGCUGUUGUCAUUGCAUCUGGUCAUUACCAUACUCCUCUGGUACCUGAUAUCCCAGGGCUAGCGAAUGCAAAGGAAAAAUGGCCCUCAAAAAUCACACAUUCCAAGUCAUUCCGUAACACUGAAGGAUUUGAAGGAAAGAGUGUACUCUUGAUAGGAGGCGGAGUGUCUGCUAUGGACAUUGCCCGAGAGAUCAGCUCUGUCUGCCAGACAAUUUAUCAAAGUACUCGCAAUGGUGCAUUUGAUGUUCCAGCCAGCACUCUCCCACAAAAUGUGUCAAGAAUUGGAGAAAUUGCAGAGUUCAAGAUACAUGCACCGAUCCCAGAUACUGAUCAAGAUUUGCCUAUAACCGCAAAAACAAAGUCAGGUUCCACCAUCCACAACAUAGAUAGAAUAAUACUCUGUACGGGGUACCAAAUGACUUUGCCUUUCCUGCCUCAAUACAACGAUAAUUCGAAGACUGUCACCGCAGCAAACGACACCGUGCUUGUGACUGAUGGUACCCAGUUCCACAAUCUUCACCGCGAUAUUUUCUAUAUCUCCGAUCCAACAUUGGCCUUCGUGGGGAUUCCGUUCUAUACCGCUACGUUCACGUUGUUUGAAUUUCAAGCCAUUGCCGUUGCCGAAUUCUUUUCGGGGAAUAUAGAACUACCAUCGGAGAAGGAUUUAAGAUUGGAGUACCAGGAGAAACUCUUUACCAAGGGCAAUGGGCGAAGUUUUCAUUCCUUGAAGGGUGAAGAGGAGAAUUAUGUGAAGCUUUUACUUGGCUGGGUGAACGAGGAGAGAAACCAUAAUGGUCUGCCUACAAUUGAAGGACAUACUGAGUCUUGGGUUAAGGCAAGAGGCGAGCAAAUUGACAGACUGAAUCAGAGCCUCCGGAAGUCUUAA